AUGCUGUCGAUAUCACUUGCAUUAUCCGUUUCGUUUUUGGCGUUCUGCGUGUCUUCGGCUCUGGGGGAAAAAGAUGUCAAACUAUACAAGCGUUCAGCGAAAAAAACCGGGCUUUCCAAAUCAUGUCAAGCCACAGAUUGGUCAACGUGGAGCAGCUGUAUGUUUUGUGAUUUUUCUUCUGUAAGUAAACGAACACGAAAGGACGGUAAAUGUUCAACGAUUACAGAGACACGUCCUUGUAAAACUGGAGAAUGUGAGCACAACUGUCAUGAAGACAGUAAAACAUGCAGUUGUCAUUCUGGUUACGAUUUAAUUAAUGGUAAGAAUUGUGAAAACAUCAACGAAUGUCGAACAAAAGGUGGUCGAGGUCCUUGCAGCCAAUACUGUCAGGAUGAACCUGGUUCUUACAAAUGUUUUUGCAAAAAAGGUUACCGUUUGAAAUAUUCAACCAAAUGCGAAUUACUUGAUUGUGGGAAGCCGCAAUUUUCAAACUGUCCCCCAGUUACACAGCCCACUGCAGAAGAAGAUCACCUCAAUAUAUGCAGCAAAGUGAACGUGUCAUGUUUAAAUGGCACUAAAUACAAUGCCGAGUGCUUUUUAUCCUGUCCUAAGUACUAUAAACUUGCUUUAAAGCGGCGAACAAUAAAAUGGUCAGAUUACUCCAGAUUUGAAUUUCCUAAUGCAAGCAGCAAAAUCAUUUGCCACCAUCUAACACCAAGUAUAGGUAAGUGGCAUUCCCGAAUAGACGACUAUUACUGCAGGCGUAGCAAUGAUCCACCAAUGGAAAUCAAGCUUGUCGGCACAAGUGUCAAAGAAAAACUUCCACCGGGGAGUGUGGUUGGGAAACUAAGUACGAGAGAUGAACAGCUCGACCAAGACAUGAUCUAUUCUGUGCGGAACAGUUCUUAUUUUAGAUGUAAUGGUUCCAUUCUUGUUACCAUGGUAACACUCUUAUGGGAGGCAAGUCAGUACAACUCGUAUGCGGUUUUCAUCCGAGUGCAAGACAACGGUAUGCCAUCGAUGUGGCGGGAAAAGAAGUUUUUAAUUUACGUUGAAAACGUCAACGAUGUCCCACGUGAUAUUGAGAUUUCUAGGAAUUGGGUUUACGAGAAUGCCACGCGUGGGGCAACUGUGGGAGUUUUGAGUGCUAUUGACGACGAUUUAGGAAAUUAUAGAACGUCAAACUUUUCAUGGAAAUUAUUGAAAGAUAAGACAGAUAGUUUUAAUAUCAGUGGAAGCAAUGUCAUAGUAGGAAGAAAAUUGAAUUAUGAUGUCGCAAAACUGUUUUACAUAAAGGUUUCUUGUUCAGAUGGUUUUUCAUCGACUGUUCAAAAUAUCCCCAUUUAUGUUAUAGAAAGACCAACAUUAACUUUAACUGGAUCUCAUAUAGCAGAGAAUUCGGAAAGGGGAACCGUUGUUACAAUGAUUAAAGUUGAAUCUGAAGGUGACAGAGAUAUGAAAGUAAUGAUAACAGAAUCAACUCCUAAUGCAACGCAUAAACUUAAACUAAAUCCCGAUCCAAGAUGCGUACGUCACAUCAAAAUCAUUAAAUACAAAACGACAUGCUAUGCAAACAUUACGGUCAGUGGUCAAUUGGAUUACGAGGUCGCGAAUGGUUACUUAUUACAGAUUUACGUCACAGAUGGCGUCCUCAGUAAUUUUGCAAAAUGGAAUAUAAGCGUGUUGAACAUGAAUGAAAAGCCAACGGAACUAGAAAUAAAUGGUUUACAAGAAAUAGCAGAGAAUACGAUAGGUGGGACUGAUAUUGGGUUUUUAAUGAUUUCGGAUCCAGACAACAAGAACAAAAUAACUCAAACACAUUUCUGUAGGAUCACCAACAACGGCAGCGAUGGGAAAUAUUUUCAUAUCGAAAGUCCACGAAAUUCUCUACAGAUAAAGAAAAAUAAAUUUUUAAAUUAUGAAGCACAACAAUCGUACAAGAUCGUGAUAAAAUGUGAAGAUAGCGGAUUUCCACCAUUGAGUAUAACUCGUGAAUUUACUAUCAAUGUUACAGACAUGGAUGAACCCAUUGAGAAUCUCACUCUUUCAAAUAACAGAGUUUUGGAGAAUUCAGAUGUUGGUGCAGUUAUAGGAAUCUUAGCCGCCCAUGAUCCCGACGCACACGACGAUACAUCAAUAGCAUUCGCUAUAAUUCACCCUACGUAUUCACCAUUUUUCCUUAGAGGAAAAAACAAUGAAAUUUUGGUCGUCAACGGAUCUUUGAAUUAUGAAGAAAACUCUGAUUACGUCAUUACAAUAGGAGUGACCGAUUCUCAAGAUAGAUAUUUUCAAGCACCUUUUGUCAUCCACAUUGUUGAUGUGCCAGAAACGCCAACAGACAUUAUUAUGGACAGACAUUUCAUGAAAGAGAAUUUAGAGACUGGUUCGCCCAUCAGCAACAUAACGAUGAUCGAUGAAGACAGCAACACGAUUACGACGUGUAUUUUGGUAAAAGAUGGCGAUGGCAGGAUCGCAGUGAAUCGGACAUAUUUAGUCGCAGGAAACGUGAAUACAGAUUAUGAAGAAGAUGCAACACAUAUGAUCGAAAUUACGGUCAAAUGUUGUGAUCAAGACAAACUUUGCUUGACAAAAGAUUUCAAUAUAUCAAUUCGAGAUGUGAAUGAACCACCAAAAGAUAUUAUCAUCACAAGCAACUUAAGAGUUCCAGAGGAGAAGAAAAACGUCACAAUAGGUCAGAUAACAACGGUAGAUGCCGACAUCAAUCCACAAUACAAUUGUAUUGUAAUUUCCAGUAUUAAGGAGGCAUUGUCUAUCGAUAGCGAUAACCAAACACUACGUUUGAAGAAAAAACUAAACUUUGAAAAAAAUUCAUUUGUCUUAUUUGAAAUCACGUGCACCAACAGAGACUCCAUGCCGUACACUAAACAAUUCACGUUGAACGUCACGGAUGUAAAUGAAACACCAAAAUCGGGAUGUUUGAAACACAUCUUUGUUUCGAAUAACCAUUCGAAUGGAAGUGUUCUAGCUAGUUUGAAUGUUACAGAUCCCGAUAAUGAAUAUCCAAAAGAUAUUUGUAAACCCAAGCAGCGUUUAACAUAUAGAGAAAUCUCUGAAAGCCCGUUACCAUUUGACAUAAUUGAUGGAUAUUUAGUUAAAACAGGAGAACUUGAGAAAAACAGAACUUAUGUUUUAUGGAUUUCCGUUUAUGAUGACGGAGUUUUGUUAAAUUCAUCUUCAUCUUUGAUCAUGUCGGAAAGGAAAGAAAUUAAGUUUAAUUGUACCAUAACUUGUCAAGACGCAAGUGACGAGAUGAUUACUUUAUCAUCAAAUGAAAUCAAAGAAGGAGCGCUCAAUUUUACCACCGUCGGAUAUUUAUACAUGGGACAUACGCAUGCGCUCAACACAACAUUCAAGUUGAUAAAGAACAAGUGUGAUGCAAGUCCCUUCUAUAUAAAUACCAAUCAGCUGAGGUUGCGUUUGCCAUGGAAAAGGAAGAUUUCAUUUGAGGAUACGCAGACUGUGCCGAAAUAUUUUCACAUCAAAAUACGAGAGAAAGGAUCUCAACGAGAAGAAAUGUUUAUCAUAUUUGUGAAAGAGAAUAAAGACAAAAGAUAUGGCAUAUGUCCAACAAAAGUAGAAAUUGAAAUAUCAAAGACUAUCAACAGACGCUUUAAGCUUGUCGCCAUUCAAAAUAUCAAUGGAUCACUAGAGAAAUGUAACAACAAUAGCAACAAUAGUCGCACGUUAUCCUACCAAUGUACAACAAAACUCAACUUAAAAAAUUGA